AUGUCCGGCCGCGGGAAGCAGGGCGGGAAGGCGCGCGCCAAGGCCAAGUCGCGCUCGUCGCGGGCCGGGCUGCAGUUCCCCGUGGGCCGCGUGCACCGGCUGCUGCGCAAGGGCAACUACGCGGAGCGCGUGGGCGCCGGCGCCCCGGUGUACCUGGCGGCCGUGCUGGAGUACCUGACGGCCGAGAUCCUGGAGCUGGCGGGCAACGCGGCCCGCGACAACAAGAAGACGCGCAUCAUCCCCCGCCACCUGCAGCUCGCCAUCCGCAACGACGAGGAGCUCAACAAGCUGCUGGGCAAGGUGACGAUCGCGCAGGGCGGCGUGCUGCCCAACAUCCAGGCCGUGCUGCUGCCCAAGAAGACCGAGAGCCACAAAGCCAAGAGCAAAUAAGCCAGGCGGGGAAAGCGUCCCCGAGUCCAUAAGCAAAACCCAAAGGCUCUUUUCAGAGCCACCCACAUGGUCCUAAGAGAGCUUGAGAUAUUGCUGCGCAGCAACCGCCGAGGGGGGAGGGAAAGGGCAGGGCGCCUGUGUUUGUCUUUGGGUGCGUGUGUGGUUUGGCGUGUCUUUGCUGUAGCCAGCCUGGACCUGUUGUGCCGGGCUGCGUUUCCAUCGUGGGCCGGGAUCGGUCGGAGCACUAUGCUCCCUGCGCGUGGGGAGCUGCUGUGCUGGGACAAAACGCGGGGGGAGGGGAGCGCGGAAUGUCCCGGAGCCAAUCGUGGCCUGCGCGGGCUUUUGGAAAUCGCGCGGGCGCUUAACCCUCCGUUGGCCGCGGGCCUGCGCUGCCCGUAGGAGUGAAAAACCUCCUCCGCAGUGCUGCUCUAGGCCCUGCAGUUGAUUCUCCCGUUCCCUUUCAGACACGGGCGAGAAUGAAGGGAAAACAAUGCUGCGGCGCCUGGUCGUGGAAAAUGUAUGCUUAGUGGCGGCUUCCUUAACUUUUCUUAGGGAAAGGCAAUUUACUCCUAUGACCUGUCCGGGCUUUCUUGUGUUUUACCCCCGCCCCCCAACCAAAAGGCGGCUGAGGAACAGCAACCCCACCUACCCGAAGCGGGACGAAAAGAUGAACCGCUUCAAAAGAAGUGCUUUAAACGGAAAGUAACCAAGAAGCGAAAACUGCAACAAAUCCGAACACGCAGCGCUACAGCUCUUUUAAAGGAACAAAGUGCGUGGCUCUUAAAAGAGCCUUUGGGUUUAUGUCGCGAUGGUGCGGGAGGAGCGCAAGGCUUUAGCCGCCGAAGCCGUAGAGGGUGCGACCUUGGCGCUUGAGGGCGUACACCACGUCCAUGGCCGUGACCGUC